AUGUCUGCAAGACAGAGAAUGAUUCAAGACAAGAUGAGAAAAAGAGAAAAAAGGCAAAGGACUGCAGGAAUUCUGCCAGAUGAGGUCACAGCUUUGACGUCACAACAGUCUGCUGUUCCUUGCGGGACAGUGGAUGGAGCUGAUUCAGCUCCUCCCGGUAAUUUUCCGGGGCUUGGUUCGAUGGGGUUUCCACCUAAAGAGGAAAAACCCCUGGCCAGGGUGCAGGCCUCACCUCGAGUGAAAAUGCAUUCACCUGCCCCGAGGUUGCCAUCUCCUCGGGGAAGUCGUCUGUUUGUCCAUGACGAGGGCAAGGCACCGUCCACUGACUCCCCACCGUGGGUUUGUGCUCCACCGAGAGCACCUGGAUCGGACAUAGUGCAUAUGUCUGAUCCAGCAGGACAGGCGCAGCUGGAUACCUCCAGGAUGGAGGAGACCAGUAGAAUAUCAAAAGAUGAGGGCACUUUAACGAAUUCUAAACUGGAAACUAUACGAAUAUCAAACAGAAACUUGAACGAAAAACCUGAUAUUAUAGAAAGUAUAAACAGAGAAAGAGAUAUGUUGGAGUCUGUAGAAAGUAUGUUGGGUUUCAGAGAUGAUACAGAGAUUAUAGAAAAUGAGUUGAAAAAUGAUGGAAAGAAAGAUAUGAAAUCAACAAACGAAAGAAUUUUUCACAGGAAAAAGGGUCAGAAUAUAAGAGAUUUGAAGGUACAAAGUGAUCAGAAAGAAAGUAGUAGUAUGCAGGAUUGCCCUGGUGAGGAGAAUACAAAUUUAGAAGCAAGAAAAUCAUAUCCUGUAUCUGUCCAGGGCUCUUUCCAUCAAGCUGAUCCUAUGUUUGGUGACAAUGCAGGGACUCAAUGUGUGGCAAAUUGUCUAUCAGCUAUAGCUUAUCAUGUUCUGAAAAGUGCAGAAAUCUGGCAAACAGCUGAUGUCAACAAAGUUUUAGUGAAUGGGGAUGAACUAUACACAUAUCUACAGAACAGUUCUUCAGUUACAAGUAGAUAUUUGUUAGUUGAAGAGUUGCCGCAGUAUUUUGAAUGCUUCAGUAAAACAUUUGAAUUCACAGUGAAGGUAUCAGUACCAAGUUUAAUCAGCUUAUCAGAGGAGGAACCAUGUUAUGAAGAUUUUAAUGCUUGUCCCCUUUUUGAAGCUCUGCAAAUGACACUUCAUGAAACAGUCGGAUGUUUUGUAUGUUUUGGAGGAAAUACUUUGGUAGUUGGGAAGACAACUGAUGGGUUUUUCAUAUUUGAUUCCCAUUCAAGAUGUUCUCGUGGAUAUCUUAGUAUGCAUGGAAAGAGUACAAGAAUUUUAUUAGAGAAUGUUCAUGAUGUUUAUUUGCACUUAAGGUCAUUAGCAAUUUCAAUGGGAUUUUCAAGAACUGUUGAAUGUGAACUAACAGGGGUAUUAUGUUCCUUGAAGAAUUUUGCUGUGGCUGAAGUGUAUGACCAAGAAGAAGCUGAGAGAGAUUUAGGAAAAGAAAUAGGUUUAAAUCAGGAUGCAUUAUCAACAGAACAACCAGAGAUGUUACAUACAGAUGAAUUGAUUUUUGUGGACGAGGAAAGCAAGCAGCAUGAUUUUAUUCCUUUAUCUGUUCAGAAUCAGAAGGAUUUGUGCAAGAAAAUGGGGUUUUCAUAUGUCGUUUUAGGACGUCACAACAGUUCAGUAUCUGUAAGAGAUAUGGGUGUGCCUAGAAGCUGUAAAGAUAUUGAAAGAGAUGGGAAUUGCUUUUUCAGGGCUAUAUCAUUUAGCUUGACAAACUCUGAAAUCCAUCACAAACAAAUUCGUGAAGCUGUUUGUAAACACUUGCUGAAAAAUGAAACAGAAUUUCGACAAUUCAUGCGAUCAGAGGGAUCUUUGCAAUCAUACUUGCUCUCAAGUAAAAUGACACAGGAAGGUAUAUGGGCAACGGAAUUGGAGAUUCUUGCUACAGCACAUAUGUUGAAUGUAGACAUAUACACUUACUCAGAUAUGAGGUGGCUUCAGUUCAGUGGGCAUGAUCUGUGUGCUGAAUCAGGAGAUCAGGGAGAAGCAAUUUAUUUAUAUCACAGAGAACAGAAUCAUUAUGAUGUUGUUUUGCAAGUGACAUCAAGGUUGGCAAAAAUUGACUGUUUCCUCAUGAAUAAUCCUGGUGGAAGAGAAUAUAUCCUUCGAAAAGAAAAGCAAAUGCAUAUGAGAAAUAGGCGCAAGGCUCCAGAAUUAAAAGUGAUCGUGGACUCGAAUGAAAAUCGCAAGGCUGCCCUAAAGAAAAAAUAUCAGGAAAAUGAGGAGUUCAGGGAAAAAAUGUUGAAGCAUAAAAAGAAAAUGUAUACAAAUGCAGAGUAUAAGUUGAAAGCACAAUUGAGCAACAGGCAUCGUUAUCAUAGAAAUAUUGCUUACCAGUUAAAAUAUGCCUUAAAUGCUGAACACAGAGGAAAGGUUUUGAAAAGGGGUAAAGAAAAGUAUCAAACAGAUUUGAAUUAUAAAGAGCAAAAGAAGAUACAAAGUGUUGGAAAAUAUAAGUUGGACUUGAAGCACAGAGAAUGUGCCAAAAGAAGAAGUAAAGAAAAAUACAGAACAGAUCUGAAGCAUCAGAAUAAUGUGAAGGGAGCAAGUGUAAAAAAGUACAAGACAGACUUGAAACAUCAGGAAAAGGUCAAGAAGACAAGUUCUGAAAAGUACAGGACUGACUUGGAACAUCAGAAAUAUGUUAAGAAAGCAAGUACUGAAAAGUACAGGACUGACUUGGAACACCAGAAAAAUGUUAAGAAAGCAAGUACUGAAAAGUACAGGACUGAUCUUGUGCAUAAGGCCAAUUUAAAACGAACAAUAUUGGAUAAAUACAAGGCAGAUGAAUUCUACCGAAAAAAGAACAAGGCUGCCAAUGUCUGUAGGUAUCGAAGGAAUGAAGCUUUUAGAGCUGAAAAGAAAGAACAAGCUGGAAGAAGAUAUCAAUUUAAUGCUGAAGUUCAAUUACUCACGAAGAAUCGUAGCAAGACUAGCUACAAGUCAUCCCCUGAUGUUCAAGAGAGAAAAAAGAGUAGAGUACAACAGAAUAGGAAAAUUAAAAAAAACAAAAUGAAACAGGCAGAAGAAGUUUUGAGAUCAUUUAAAGAAAAUGCAUCGAAAGGACCAGAUUAUGCAUGUACUUGUUGUCAUAGGCUGUUGUUCAGAAAUCAAGUACAAGUUUGUGAACAUCAAAUGUAUGAAAAAAGUGAAGCAGCAAGAACUAUCUCACAUAUUUGUUUGCUAGGCAAGUAUUUCCAUGAGUGUUCUGAAUCAUGUCCGGAAACAUGCACUAAAUCAUCAUCAUGGAUUUGUUACACUUGCCAUAGGAAAAUAUUAAGUGGCAAAGCACCAUCAGAGGCUGCUGCAAACAAUAUGACUUUAGAGGACAUUCCACCUGAGUUGGCAAACUUAAACAGCUUAGAACAACAUCUCAUUGCACUUCACAUACCGUUCAUGAAAAUCAUGGCUCUUCCACAUGGUGGACAAAGAAAUGUACACGGACCUGUUAUUUGUGUGCCCUCAGACAUGAGAAAAACUACCAGUUUACCAAAACAAGGGGAUGAUAACUUGUUGUUGCGAGUGAAAUUAAAAAGGAAGCUGGCGUACAAAGGUUAUUUUGAAUACCAGUUUGUUAAUACAAACCAUGUAAUGUCAGCCUUGACAUUCUUGAAAGAGAACAAUCAGUGGUACAAAAAUGUCAUAAUUGAAUCCAUUCAGAAAGAUGACAUGGAAAUUCCUGGGCAAAUGACUGAUUGUGAAGAAGAAAAUGAAGAGAGUAAUGAAAACGAUGAUCAAAUGAUUGCAUUUGACACUUGUUUACAACCCGUAGAUGUUGCACAAGAAGUUUUGGACCAUUAUUUCGAUGAUGUUUACAACAUUGCACCUGGUGAAGGGAAGAAUCCUGUGCGAAUGCUACAAGAGCCUGGAAAUGAAGCAAAAGCGUUUCCUUGUCAUUUCCCAAGCGGAAGAUUUUCUUGGAAUGAAGAAAGAUCACAAAAAUUAACACUAUCUAGGUAUUUUAACAAUAGGUUAAUGAAUGCGGAUAAUAGGUUUGCAAAGGACACAAAUUACAUUUUCUUUAGCCAGUACAUGUCCGAACUCAACCAAGUGAUUGAAAAAACUCGGAUUUCACUCAGAAAAUCUUUGUCAAAAUGUUCUAGCGGGAAACCAGUGACAGCAAAUAUGCUUCAAGAUCCUACUACGCUCUGUAGUUUGUUGAGGAAUGAUGAGGCAAUAAGGUUCAUGCAACCGAUAAGAGGAACACCCGCAUAUUGGGCAACUGCUCAGAAAGAUCUCUUUGCAAUGUUGCGGCAGUUAGGAAUCCCAACCUGGUUUUGUUCGUUUAGUGCUGCAGAAUAUAGAUGGAAUGAUGCAGUUAGGGCUAUAUUAAGGCAGCAGAGUGAUGACAGAAAUCCUGAUGAAAUGGAAUGGUCAGAAAAGAAUGAAGUUCUAAGAUGCAAUCCUGUCACAGUUGCUCGAAUGUUCGAACAUAGAUUUCAGGUAUUUCAUAAAGAGGUCAUUCUUUCACCUUGUGAACCAAUCGGAAAAGUGGUAGACUUUUUCCAAAGAGUCGAGUUUCAGCAGAGAGGAUCACCACAUAUGCAUUGUUUAUACUGGGUGUCAAAUGCUCCUAACAUUGACUCUGAUGGAGAGGAAGUUGUCUGUAACUUCAUUGACAAAUAUGUAACAUGUGGCAUACCCUCGGAAAUUGAUGACGCAGAGCUGAGAAAAAGUGUCCUGGAUGUACAACAGCAUAGCAAGAAUCAUUCAAAAUCUUGCAAGAAGAAAGGCACUGAUUGUAGGUUCAAUUUCCCAAGGCCUCCAUCCCAAAGGACAUUUAUAACAAUUUCUUCAGAAGAAGAGAACAAAGAUAAGUCUGAAGCAGAGACUCGAGAGGAGAAAGUAAACAAAGCAUAUGCAAAGGAAAUUUUGCUAAGUGUAUGGGAUAAAAUACAAAAUGAUGGCGAAGGAAAAACGACAAAAGAAGUAUUUGAUGACCUUUCACUAACUCAGGAACUAUACGAAGAAGCUUAUAACAUGAUAACAGCAAGGAGGUCAGUUGUUCUCCAACGUAACCCAAAUGAGGUAUGGACGAACCAAUAUAACCAGUGUCUCUUGAAAUGUUGGGAUGCUAACAUGGACAUUCAGUUUGUUUUGGAUCCAUUCAGUUGUAUUGUAUACAUCGUUUCCUACAUAUCAAAAUCAGAAAGGGAGAUGGGCAUGUUACUGAAACAAACAAAAAUAGAGGCAGAAGAGGGAAAUCUCAAUGCUCGACAGACAAUGAAAAAAAUUGGAUCUGCAUACUUACAUCACAGGGAGGUCAGUGCUCAGGAAGCUGUUUAUAGGGUGUGCAAUCUAAAAAUGAAAGAGUGUUCGAGAAAAGUUGUUUUUAUUCCCGUUGGUGACAAUCCAUUACGCUUAAGCAAACCACUGUCUUUGAUCAAAAAGAAAUCAAGUGAUGAAGAAAUAAUCAGUGACGAGGAUGAUGAUGAAAAUGAUAUCUGGAUGACAAACAUAAUUGAGCGUUAUGAGAACCGUCCAGAUAAGCCAAUGUUCCAUAACAUGUGUCUCGCAAACUUCUGCUCCGAAUUCAGAGUACUUGCUAAAUCUCAAGUUCCAAAAAAAGAAAACGAGAAUGUGUUUGAAUUGCAGAAUGGUAAGGGAUAUGUGCAACGCAGAACACGAACACAGCAUGCUGUUGUAAGGUAUCCGAGAUUCAAUGUUGAAAAUAUGUCGGAAAAAUAUCAUCGAUCUAUAUUGCAACUUUUUCUCCCUUACCGAACAGAGAAACAAUUGAAGCCUCCAGGAUUCGAAUUAUAUGAGGAUUUCUAUGAAACUGGUCAUGUGAAAAUUAAAGGGACAAGACGAUUGCAAUCGGUGAAAUCAAUUGUAGAUUUGAAUCGUUCCCAUUAUGCACAAAAUGAACAGUCAUUGGACAUUGCCCAAGAAGCAUAUGAAAUGGAUGGUGAACCAGAGGAUGCGUGGUCACGCAUAUGUCCAGAAACAGAAGUACUAAGAAGAGAAGGUAUAGCACAGAGGAAAGAGAAGACAGUGCAACAAGAGAAUGAUAGGGAAGCUAUUCCAGAUAUGGAGACUGAGAUGAAUAAUGCAGAUGUGCUGUAUCAUGUUCACCAAAAUGUUACUUCAAGAGAGGAAAUGUCAACAGUUCUCCAAAAUUUGAAUGAAAAACAGAGUGAGAUAUUUUAUUUGCUUCGAGAGUGGUGUUUAGCAAAGAUAAAUGGCAAGAAAAGUGAACCUCUGCACUUAUUUGUGACUGGUGGUGCAGGCACUGGUAAAAGUCAUCUCAUAAAAGCAAUUCAUUAUGAAGCGUCACAUUUGCUUUCUAGAAUGACGUGUGAACCAGAAAAGGUCACUGUACUCCUAUCGGCAUUCACGGGAACAGCAGCCUUCAACAUUGGCGGAAACACGCUUCAUCAUUUAUUUUCACUAACAAAAUAUCUGCCUCUGCCAUAUGAGCCAUUAGGAGAACAAAGCCUUAGUGAAAUGAGAGUAAAGAUAGGUGACAUACAGAUUCUUAUCAUUGACGAAAUAUCAAUGGUAUACAAAAAGCUUCUGUAUUAUGUACAUGAGCGGCUAGUGCAAAUUAAAAAAUGCAAAGAUCCAUUUGGAGGUGUUUGUGUAAUCGCAGUGGGGGAUUUCUAUCAGCUUCCUCCUGUUAAGCAGCGGAAAAAUGAGAGACUCUAUAAAGAGAAUUUGACUUAUCCUGUGGAUUACUGGUUCGACUUUUUUAAAGUGAUCGAAUUAAACCAGAUAAUGAGGCAAAAGGAAGAUACGUCAUUUGCCGAGGUGCUAAACUCCCUUCGUGUAAGACAGACAAAUGAGCCAUUAACAGAGGAGCAAAAUCUGAUGUUAGAACGGUGUCUCAGAGAAGGACCAGAGGAUGUUCUUCAUGUGUUUUGCACGAACGAAGAAGUAAACACAUUCAAUUUGACAAUGCUAAGAAAGACGUGUGAAGAUUUAUUAGAAAUUGAUGCUGAAGAUCAUAAGAAGGACAAAACAUCUGGAAAACUGAUUAAGAGAGACAAACCCUUCCUAAAAUCAACAAGUGAUGGCCUUCCGAACUCCUUACUAUUGUCCAUCAAUGCAAGAGUCAUGCUCACAAGAAAUUGCAAUGUGGAAGACGGACUUGUGAAUGGAGUAAUGGGUUAUGUUUCCCAAUUCCAAUACAAAGAAAACAGUGCAACAUGUCUUAGAGCUGCUAGUUACCUAGUCAGCAUUGUUCGUUCAAGCGAGACGUGA